GGGGAUUGAGGAUUAUCUACCGGGAUUACGGAUCGCCUCAAGGACUCCUUGGUCUCUCUUCGCCGUCGGAUCCUCCGUCCCCGACUAGACGGCCUGGACCUGCGGACCUGAGGGGGGGUACCGAGCCGCGGACCGUGUGACCCAGCAUGUCGUCCGUCCCCCAGCUGGUGAAGGUGGGCGUGUCCCUGAAGAUGCUGCCCAAUCACAGCCCCGUGUUCUUCAAAUCGGACGGCGCGCGGUUCGGCCAGACUCGGACCAUCAAGCUGCUGACCGGCUCCAAGUACCGGGUCGAGGUGGUCGUGAGACCAGGAGCCGUGGAGGCAAGGUCCAUGAGCGUGGGCGGGACCAGCUUCCCCCUGGAGCAGCAGUCCAAAGACCCCCAGGCCGGGGUCUACAGCGGCCAGUACGACACGGAAGGCGUGACCCGCACCAAGAGCGGAGAGCGCCAGCCCGUCCAGAUCAUCAUCCAGUUCUCCGAGGUUGGCAGCCUGGAGACGGUGUGGCAGGUCAAGUUCUACAACUACAGCAAGAGGGACCACUGCCAGUGGGGCAACAGCUUCAGCAGCAUCGAGUACGAAUGCAAACCCAGCGACACGUGCACCCUCAUGUGGAUCAACAAGGAGAUGUUCCUCUGAGACCGGACCGGACCGGACCGGAUCGGAACGGACCAGACCGGCCGUCUCCAUGGUGAUGAGGUCACACCAAAACUGUAGAUGUGUUCUGAACUGUGAGGUAGAAGUACGUAAACAUGUGGUUUCCGUGGUAACGAAGUGAUUUCCUGCUUGUUUUUACAUGUAACAUAUUGUUAGGUGUGUCCUGUGUGUGUUUUGUGUUUUUUAUAUUGUUCUUAUAUGUGAUAUCAAUUGUUAGGUAGUAUUUUACAUUAUUGAUGAUCUGUGUUUAUAACCAUGACCAGCCAACAUGUUACUUUAACUUUACCAAAACAUGUAGAUAUUAUCAUCUAGAGCUAAACAUGAAGAACUAAACAUUUAGAGAUAAACAUAUAGAGUUCAGCAUGUAGAGCUAAGCAUGUAGAGCUAAACAUGUAGAUAUUAACAUCUAGAGCUAAACAUCUGGAGCUAAACAUCUACAUGUAACAUUUAGAUAUAAUCAUCUAGAUAUAAUCAUGUAGAGGUACAUGAUCUUUGAAACUCUGGUAUUCAGGGAUGUGUUGUGUUUUCUAGAAGUGUCAAAAGGUGUCAAACUACUAUGGAACUGUUGGUUUAUCAAAAAGUUUUUCAUUGUUAUAAUAGUUUAGUUGGAAUAAUUUACAUUUUAAUUGUAUUUUUAGAUCGAUUGACCUAUGCAGCAUUAACAACCACACAUGAAAUAUUAACCUUUGAUACGUUGUCAUGUUAUUCUGAUGGUUCAGCUUUUGUGAAUAUACAUACUUUUAAUAAAUAAUUUGCAGGCCAUGAUGA